AUGUUCAAACGAAAACUUAUUAAACGACAGCCCGCUCCUGCUGUGGUGCAGUUGCUGGGAAGACCCACAAAAGCUCCGCCCCUCCUGCCCUUGCUGCUCUUCCUUUUCUUUGUUUGGCGUUGCAGUAGUUCAGUAGCUUCUCAACAUCUUGAUUUGUUUGAUGAAGGCUUUGGAGUAGAGGGAGUGCAUGAUGUUUCAAGACCGGAAGCAGUAGCAAGUGCUACUGCUGGAGGAGAUGGGCGAGAUGGCGAAGGAGCGUCGGAGCAGGUGUUGAACCCAGGCUUGGGGCCUGUGAAUAUGGAGUGGAUUCGUGGUGCAGGGAAGAAGUUUGGGUUGCAAGCUCUGGGUUCUGCUGUGGCCUUGUUACUGCUGGCAGUUUUUGUUGCCGCACCGAUGUUUGCUGUUGCUCUUCCCAAAGAGAAGAGCUUCCCCACAGCGCCUCAAGAGGAGGGGAGGAAGAAGGAGGAGGAAGAGAAAGAGGAUGUGAGUGAAGAGGAGAAAGGGGAGGAGACUCCGAGGAGCAAAGACCUGAAAGACAAAGGGGAAUGGGAAACAGCUGGGGGAGAAAAGGAGCAAGAAGACAAAAAAGGAGAAUUUGAGGAAGAACGCGCAGCUGCUCAGUUGGAGCGGUUGAGGCGGCUGCAACGCUGCGUUCCCCAUGCAGUUCUUUUAGAUGAUGCUCUGAAUGGACCGCGACAUCCUGUGUUUCAGCAGGAAAUCACGAAGCAUGUAGAAACUGCGACGAAGCACCAGACUGCUGCAGCCAAUGGGGAACCUGGAGCGUUGGCUGCGCUUACUGCUGAGAACCAAGAAGCAGAGCGCCUGGCUCUGAAUGUUCAGAAUCGGGCAUGGAAAGCUGUAUCAGCUAAUGUAAGGACACUGGCUUCGUGCACCAGUGCAUCUGUUGUAGCUGGUAUCCCGGCAGCAAGAUUCUUUCUUAAGAAAACAGGAGUCAUAUUAUCAUAUCACAAUGCCUGGGAACAAGCUGUGGAGCUAUGCCAGGGUAGAAUUGUCUCCCUGCAGGAGGCUGGAGAAACAAUAGAGAAGCGGCGACCGGGCUUGCCUUCACUACAGCAGAAACAGCUGAUGCUGCAGCCCAGGCAGUUUUCUGCUGCGCGGGUGGCAUUGAAAACCUCCCUUUCUUGUGUAAAAUGGCAAGACAGAGCACAAGGAGAAGCAAGGAAGCUGGGGCGAAUUUAUUUGAAGCUGGUCAAGAGCGCUCGAGUGGCCGAGCUAGAGCUUCAACAAGCCAAUCUAACAAUAAAAGAGCAAGUUGCCUCCAUGUUGAUAGGGAUUGCACGCGCAAGCCUCGAGGACGGGACACGACCAUUGUCAGCUGAAGAAGCAAACUGCUCGAAGAAAUGGGACAAUCUGUAUAGGGGUGCGCAAGCGGAGCUCACGGCACUGGAGCAGCAACUGCAGGCGUUGAAAGAUACGACAAACCUGGUGGACAUCACGAAUUUAGAGCCAGGGACAGCGAGGGCAUCAGAGCGUGCAGGAAUGCUUCUCCAGGGCCUACUCAAUAAGCUGUCAAAAUUCUUGUCCAGCCAAACGUCACUAAGUGCCAACCAGCUUCCGAAUGAUGGGACACGCAUGGAGGACGUGGUGUCUGGUGCGAAGCAGGUUGUGGACUUGUCAAGAGCGGUGAAACCCAUUGUUGAAGCAGUAACAGCAACCGAAAAGCAAGUAUUGGAGGUGGGACACCAGCUAGAAAUGCAGUUAUCCGGGUUAAAGAACCUCCCGUGGGUGCCUCAGCUGUUGCUGGAAAAUGCUGAAAAGGAACUCAAGUCUGUGCUAGAGAGUGAGAAGGUGACAAGGGAGGCCAUCGAGGACCGCGUAACCGCGAUGGGCCGAAUCGCGCCUAGCGACAUAAGUACAUCAUUAGAUGCACUAGAAGAGUACACAUCAGCACUCACAGAGACGUACAAGACUAUGGGGGAGGUGAAUGCAGACGUGGAGACGCUUUUUGUGCUAAAGAAAAUGGUAGAAAAUGCUCACGAUGCCAAGGAAUCUGCCUUAGAGAUGAUAGCAGCAUCCAGUGUCCUGCAACCUGCCGACCACCAGCUGGUAGGCCAACUCGAGAAACAGCUGGAGCAUGCCGUAGCAACAGGAAGACAAGCAGAUAGUCUUUCUGGUGUUGUGCAAGCAGUAGGGGAGUAUGCUUCUGCUAGCGGGAAGCUGGUGCAAAUGGGAUGGGUGUCAAAGUUAGAUAGUCUGCUUGAAAGUGACCCAGAAGGAACAACAGAGUUGCAAGCAAUUGAGGCAGUUCCGUUGGAACUCCAGUCCACUGCAGCUGAAGUAGUGGCUCAAGACCGGAAUGUCGAACAAGAAAAGGCACAAGUUCAAGCAGCAGCAACAACAACGGUAGGGAACCAGAGAGAAGACUUUAGUAGACAAACAAAAGCAGAAACACAGCGAGGAGAAGACCAUGAAGAAGAGGUGCAUGACGGAGGUGAGGGGGGAGAUGAUCAAACAGGCUAUGAAACAGCUUCCAAAAGUGCAGGGGACGAAGGAAGCGAGAGUGGAGACGAAUACGAGGAUGCACAAGAGUGGGCAGGAAGUUCAUAA